AUGGGUAUUCCGGGACUCAUCAAUGCCAUUGGCCCUGGAGAGCGUAUCUCUCUGGCCAAAUUGGCGGUGACGCACCUGGAGCGGACAGCGAGGCCGAUCCGCAUUGCGGUUGACAUCUCGAUCUGGCUGUUUCAAGUUCAAGCAGGUCGCGGAGGCAGAAAUCCAGAGCUACGCACUUUAUUUUAUCGAUUAUUGAAGUUACUUGCAUUGCCAGUACACCCACUCUUCGUUUAUGAUGGACCGCAAAAGCCUGCUUUCAAGCGAGGGAAGGCAGUGUCAGGCCACAGCUACGGCAAUGCCCCGAUCAUUAGGCGCUCCAAGGACCUGAUUGAGCGAUUCAGAUUUCCCUGGCAUGAAGCCCCCGGGGAGGCAGAAGCCGAAUGUGCACGAUUGCAGCAGGCAGGCAUCGUGGACGCUGUCAUGAGUAACGAUGUCGAUGCAUUGAUGUUUGGGUCAUCUUUGACUAUUAUGAACUUCUCGAAAGAGAGUGGAAGUAACAGCUCCUCUGCAACUCAUGUCACCUGCUAUGCGAUGGGCCAGGAUGGACAUCCCUCCAACAUACCCCUUGACCGACCGGGGAUGAUUCUAUUCGCAAUGCUCAGUGGAGGAGACUAUCUACCCUCUGGAGUGCCAAAAUGUGGCAGUAAGAUUGCCGCGGAGAUUGCCAAGGCUGGAUUUGGCGAAGACCUUCUGCAGGCGCUGGCGUCUGAAUCGGAUCUGGAUACGGGAUUGAACGAAUGGAGAGACAGACUCCAGUUUGAACUUGAUGAGAACGAGAGCGGCUAUUUUGCAAAGAAACAUAAAGCAGUCCGCAUUCCAGACUCAUUCCCCGAUCGAACUAUUCUCGAGUAUUAUGCGAAGCCCAAAGUUUCCAGCGAUGAAGACAUGAGCAUUUUGCGGAGUCGCCUCAGAGAGGCCUGGGAUCGAGAUAUCGAUCCAUUGGCCAUCCGAACAUUUGCUGCAGAUCAUUUUGAAUGGAACUAUCGGUCUGGGGCGAGGAAAGUUAUCAAACUGCUAGCCGAGCCUCUCAUUUCUUACAGACUACGUCUUCAGCGACCAGUUCUAGGCGUAUCUCCAGGUUUUUCUUUUGUACCCGAUUGUGGUCCUACUCUGCAAAAAAUUUAUCGAAGCCGAUCAAGCUUCGGCACAGACGGAAUGACAGAGCUCCAGAUGGAUAUGCUCCCGGCGGAUGUCGUUGGGUUAGAUAUCCUCGCCGAAGAGCCAAACCCACCACUUCCAUCCCAGGAGAUCAUUUCAUCUCAGAUCACCUCAUCUCAGAUCACCUCAAUCGAGGGCGAGGAAGAGGAUGACCCAGAGGUAGCUGCUGAAUCCGCUCCUCCGACGCCAUCAAAGUCUCGGGUCACAAAACGAUUUGAUCCUUUCUCCAUCGAGAAGGUCUGGGUUUUUGAGACAGUCGCAAGACUGGGGGCUCCUGAAGUCGUCAAACGUUGGGAGAAAGAGCAGGCUGAGAAAGCCGAAAAAGCCGCACAAGCUGCAGCCAAGAAGAAGACCGGCACUCGACGCGCCCCUCCCAAGAAGAAAGGACCGAUUGACGCUGGAAUGAAACGGGGGAGUAUCUUGAAAUACGGAACUCUUACGAAAGAAAGGUCUGAAUUAUCGCCAACCAAACAGGCACACUUGUUGGAAGCUGCGACUUCAAAGCCAUUUACCAAGAAUCCCCUCUCACGGCUGGGUCCUGGCUCUGGCCCUGCUUCUCCAAUAGUCGUGGACCAGGAAGACGACCCUUUCUCCUCUCCGAGUAUGUAUACUCGGCAAAGAUCAUCGCCUAUGAUGCACUACGUUCCUCACGUCGAUGAUCUUCUUGACGCAUUUUCUUCGAUGUGCAGCUUAUCUCCAUCCGCCAAUAUCAAGCGUCAUCCAAUGGCAGAUCAAACCCGCGUCAGAUCGAGGCGCACGGCUCUGGGCACCGGGGAUCUUGAAGUUGAAGCAUCGGAGGUUCUGGGCAUGGAUUCCCACUCUUCCCCGUCUAGGCUGGCAAGAAGACCACGAGGGCUCAAGAUCAGCUACUCAGUAUCUGAUUCGUAUGACUCCGAGGCAUACAUGGAGGAAUUCUCAACGAGCCGAUUAGUAACUCUGCCCUCUCCGUCCAGAAAGUCAGCGUCAAAAGCAAAGAAAGUCCCUAAGGUGCAGUAUGAGGACAAAUCCGAGAUCGAACACAUCGAAAUGGCCAUCGAGUCCCUGAGCCUCUCAUCGAAAAUCCCCAAGAGCCGGCAUGAAGACGCUGUCCCUUGCCCAUCACGUCUACCCUCACCGAAGAAGGCACUUCAAGCACCCAAAGUUCGAACUCGUCACACUAAAGUCGCGAGUGUCAAACCAGCCAAGCCUUGCAGCAAAGCCGAGCUCCAACCAGAGCAUGUGGCACCAUUGGCCACAAAGAUAUGCGAUGGGAACGACAGGGAGCAGGCGAAGGGGUCUCCUGCGAAGUCUCCGCAGAAGACGAAAAGCACAACCUCAAAGCCCCAAACUUCGGGCUAUUUGGAAAACAUCGUACUGCAUGAUGGUACUUGGUCCAUCGAGCCGUCACCAGUGGAGCAACAUCCAUCCGAAAUCUUAACUGCCGAUGGUCAGCACAGGCGGGCCCCAACUGGCAAGAAGAAACGGAUCGCCCGUGUCAGCAUUCUGGAUCUUAUUUAA